AUGAGCCUCCUCAGGUCACUUGCUGUUAAAUUGCAGCCAUGUGGUUUUGGUUUGCUGGUGAGAUCAACAGUUAACUCACGGACAUUACUACCGAGAUGUUGUGUAUAUUCUUCUGGAGUCCAAGAGCCGUUUUUUAAGCGGAAUCAACUCAAGUUAUGUAGAAGAAAUGUACUAUGCAUGGCUGGAGAAUCCGAAGAGCGUUCACGAGUCUUGGGAUGCUUUUUUCCGCAAAGCAGAUCCUGGAGCUACUGGUGAAGCCAAUCAUAUGCAAAAAGCAGAUUUACAGACUAAAGCUUCACUUAUUCGCAGUCAAGGCCUUACUAUGGCACCAGCCAAAGCCGAGAAGCUAGUGGAGGACCAUUUGGCAGUGCAGUCCUUGAUUAGAGCCUACCAGAUCAGAGGGCAUCAUGCUGCAAGUUUAGACCCAUUAGGCAUUAACCAAGUCUUUUUUAAUGGUUCCACGGAUGAAGAUGCAGUGGGGCACACAGAUAUUGAUUCGUGGACAUCAUGUGGCUCAGCUGGACCCUCUUGGAAUCCUGGAUGCUGAUUUGGACUCUUUUGUUCCAUCGGAUCUUAUCACCACAAUUGAUAAACUGGGUUUCUAUGGAUUGCAUGAGGGCGAUUUAGAUAAAGUUUUUAGACUGCCGACAACUACCUAUAUUGGAGGUAAUGAAACUUCCCUGUCACUGCGAGAGAUCAUUAAAAGAUUGGAGAAUUCAUACUGUCAACAUAUUGGGCUAGAAUUCAUGUUCAUCAAUGAUGUGGAACAGUGCCAGUGGAUUAGACAAAAAUUUGAGACGCCUGGUAUCAUGAGGUUUACCAGUGAUGAAAAGAGAACACUGUUAGCAAGAUUAGUGCGCUCUACAAGGUUUGAAGAUUUUCUAGCUCGCAAGUGGUCUUCAGAGAAGAGAUUUGGUCUGGAAGGCUGUGAAGUCAUGAUCCCUGCUUUGAAAAUGCUCAUUGAUAAGUCCAGUGAGAUGGGGCUGGAGUAUGUCAUCCUGGGAAUGCCUCAUAGAGGAAGACUAAAUGUCUUAGCAAAUGUGAUCCGCAAAGAUUUGGAGCAGAUCUUUUGCCAGUUUGACCCUAAGCUGGAGGCUUCAGAUGAGGGAUCCGGAGAUGUAAAAUACCACUUGGGGAUGUACCAUGAACGUAUCAAUCGGGCCACCAACAAGAAGUUAACCCUAUCUUUGGUUGCAAACCCUUCUCAUCUAGAAGCAGUAGAUCCUGUAGUUCAGGGAAAGACCAAAGCAGAGCAGUUUUAUAGAGGAGACAAUGAAGGAAAAAAGGUGAUGUCCAUUUUAGUUCAUGGCGAUGCAGCCUUUGCUGGUCAAGGUGUUGUCUAUGAGACCUUCCAUCUCAGUGAUCUUCCGUCUUAUACCACUAAUGGAACCAUUCAUGUUGUUGUUAACAAUCAGAUUGGGUUUACCACAGACCCUCGCAUGGCCCGCUCUUCCCCAUACCCCACAGAUGUGGCUCGGGUGGUUAAUGCUCCCAUAUUCCAUGUAAAUGCAGAUGAUCCAAAAGCAGUAAUGUAUGUGUGCAGUGUGGCUGCAGAAUGGAGAAACACCUUUCAUAAGGAUGUUGUGAUAGACCUGGUCUGUUACCGUCGCAGUGGACAUAAUGAAAUGGACGAACCCAUGUUCACCCAGCCCUUGAUGUACAAACAGAUCCAUAAGCAGGUCCCGGUGUUGAAGAAGUACGCAGACAAACUGAUCUCUGAGGGCAUUGUUUCCCUGCAAGAGUUUGAGGAGGAGAUUGCCAAGUAUGACAAGAUCUGUGAGGAGGCAUAUACACAGUCCAAGGACAAGAAAAUCCUUAACAUCAAGCACUGGUUGGACUCUCCUUGGCCAGGCUUUUUCACUUUAGAGGGGGAACCAAAAAGCAUGACCUGUCCCCCAACUGGUAUCCCUGAGGAUAUGCUUUCUCAUAUUGGCAAUGUUGCCAGCUCUGUCCCAGUGGAGAACUUUAAAAUCCAUGGAGGUCUCUCAAGGAUUUUGAAAAGUAGAUUGGAAAUGACAAGAAAUCGGCAGGUAGACUGGGCAUUGGCUGAGUACAUGGCAUUCGGGUCAUUGUUAAAAGAAGGGAUACAUGUCAGACUAAGUGGCCAGGAUGUUGAGAGGGGGGACCUUUAGGUAUGUUUUCCUUCCUUUUUUUAAGACAA